UUCGAGUUUGAGGUGAGCUAAUCUUGAGCUCUUCCCUCCAUCACCUCUUUGAUGAACGAGAUCAAUCGAUCCGGUGUUGAAUUCUGAAGCCUUUUGUGAUCUGUGAAGGAAUCGAAUCAAGCAAGCGACGAAAGAUGCAGUAUCCAGCCACCAAGAGCGCGUGCAUGCGAUCGGCCGUGUACGCAGAAAGGAGGCCAAUGGCGAAGCGCUGGUUGAGUCCCAUGGAAGAGCUCGGUUGGUCGAGGAGGAAAGAGAUGAGGAGCCUCGGCGAGGCGAGGCGCCUGGCUCAAGCAAUGGCCAAGCGGAGGGGUGGAUUCGAGCAGGAGCCGCAACUGGCAAGGAGCCGCGGCGGCGACCGGCUUCAAGCCGUCGUAUCGCCGAUUCCCACCACCAAGAAGAGGGUGUUCACGUUCGGCAAGGGGAAGAGCGAAGGCAACAAGAGCAUGAAGUCCCUGUUGGGCGGGAAAGGCGCGAACUUGGCGGAGAUGGCGAGCAUCGGACUGUCGGUGCCCCCGGGGUUCACUGUGUCGACGGAGGCAUGCCAGGAGUACCAGAAGGGUGGCCACCAGCUCCCGGCUGGCCUCUGGGAGGAAAUACUCGAAGGCCUCGCUAACGUCGAGGAGGACAUGGCGGCUCGCCUCGGCGACCCUUCCCGUCCCCUGCUCCUCUCCGUCCGCUCCGGCGCCGCGGUGUCGAUGCCUGGGAUGAUGGACACUGUGCUCAACUUGGGACUCAACGACGAGGUGGUCACGGGGUUGGCGUUGAAGAGCGGCGAGAGGUUCGCUUACGACUCCUACCGCCGCUUCUUGGACAUGUUCGGGAACGUGGUGAUGGGAAUUCCCCACUCGCUCUUUGAGGAGAAACUGGAGGAAUUGAAGGCGGCCAAAGGUGCAAAGCAAGACACCGACCUCACCGCCGGCGACCUCAAGGAACUAGUGAUCGAGUACAAGAAAGUAUACACAAAAGCCAAAGGAGAACAGUUUCCUUCUGAUCCCAAACGGCAGUUGUACUUGGCGGUUCUUGCGGUGUUCGAUUCAUGGGACAGCACCAGAGCUAACAAAUACAGAAGCAUCAACCAGAUAAAGGGCCUGAAGGGGACUGCUGUCAAUGUGCAGUGCAUGGUGUUUGGGAACAUGGGGAACACUUCCGGGACCGGCGUUCUCUUCACUCGGAAUCCGAGCACAGGCGAGAAGAAGCUCUACGGAGAGUUCCUCAUCAACGCGCAGGGUGAGGAUGUUGUCGCAGGGAUCCGGACACCUGAGGAUCUGAAUACCAUGAAGGAGCACAUGCCAGAAGCUUACAGUGAACUAAUAGAGAAUUGCAAAAUUCUGGAGCUGCACUAUAAAGACAUGAUGGACAUUGAGUUCACUGUUCAAGAAAAUAGGCUGUGGAUGCUGCAGUGUAGAUCAGGGAAGCGCACUGGGAAAGGUGCAGUGAGGAUUGCAGUCGACAUGGUUAACGAAGGCCUCGUGGAUAAAAGUUCCGCAAUUAAAUUGGUUGAGCCGAGCCAUUUGGACCAACUUCUUCAUCCACAAUUUGAUGAUACAUCAGCGUACAAGGAUAAAGUAGUUGCAACAGGGUUGCCUGCAUCACCAGGAGCCGCUGUGGGCCAAGUUGUUUUCACUGCUGAUGAUGCUGAAGAAUGGCAUGCCCAGGGGAAGGCUGUCAUUUUGGUGAGGACAGAAACUAGCCCUGAGGAUGUUGGUGGCAUGCACGCAGCUACAGGAAUCCUUACGGCAAGAGGGGGCAUGACAUCUCAUGCUGCUGUUGUAGCGAGGGGGUGGGGAAAAUGCUGCGUUUCUGGUUGCUCAGAUAUCAGUGUGAAUGAUGCAGACAAGGUGGUGGUUAUUGGUGACGAAGUGAUACAAGAAGGUGAGUGGUUAUCACUCAAUGGAUCGACAGGGGAAGUAAUUCUAGGGAAGCAACCACUUUCUCCACCAGCUCUCAGUGGCGACCUGGGGAUCUUCAUGUCAUGGGUCGAUGAGAUUAGGCAACUGAAGGUUAUGGCAAAUGCAGAUACACCUGAUGAUGCACUUACUGCAAGAAAUAAUGGUGCACAAGGGAUUGGAUUAUGUAGGACAGAGCAUAUGUUCUUUGCUUCAGAUGAAAGGAUUAAAGCAGUUAGAAAGAUGAUAAUGGCUGCAGAUCUUGAAGAGAGGCAGAAGGCCUUGGACUUACUAUUGCCAUAUCAGAGAUCUGAUUUUGAAGGAAUUUUUCGGGCCAUGGAUGGGUUUCCGGUGACUAUCCGACUGUUGGAUCCUCCACUUCAUGAAUUUUUGCCAGAAGGUAAUAUAGAGGACAUUAUUACAGAACUUGCUGCAGAGACUGGCACAACAGAAGAUGAAGUCUUUUCCAGAAUAGAGAGGUUAUCUGAAGUCAAUCCCAUGCUUGGUUUUAGAGGUUGCAGGCUUGGCAUAUCAUACCCAGAGUUGACUAAGAUGCAAGUUCGUGCUAUAUUCGAAGCUGCCAUCUCUAUGAACAAUCAAGGUGUCAAAGUUUUUCCAGAAAUAAUGGUACCUCUCGUCGGAACACCUCAGGAGCUAGAGCAUCAAACGAGUCUGAUACGGAUGAUAGCACAGAAGGUCUUCUCUGAGAUUGGAACCUCCAUAAAAUACAAGGUCGGAACAAUGAUUGAGGUUCCAAGAGCUGCUCUUAUUGCAGAUGAGAUUGCUGAGUUUGCAGAAUUCUUCUCCUUUGGAACAAAUGACCUGACACAAAUGACAUUUGGGUACAGUCGAGACGAUGUUGGCAAGUUCCUUCCUAUCUACCUAUCGAAAGGCAUUCUCCAAAGCGAUCCCUUCGAGGUUCUUGAUCAGAAAGGGGUAGGCCAGCUCAUUAAGAUUGCUGCAGAGAGAGGGCGAAGAGCUAGGCCUGAUCUGAAGGUAGGCAUAUGUGGUGAGCAUGGUGGAGAACCCUCUUCAGUUGCCUUUUUUGCACAAGCUGGACUGGACUAUGUCUCAUGUUCUCCUUUCAGGGUCCCAAUCGCAAGGCUUGCAGCAGCACAGGUGGUGGUCUGAACCAUGCAGCAGAAACCUCUCAGAAAUUGUCUUCUUCUGUGUAUUGAUAAUUUAUUGUAAAUAAUUUAAAUAUAUAGACAGUAUACAAACAAUAACAUAUUGUUUCUGAAACUCAACUUAUCCCAUUUGUUCAA